CAAAGGUUGGGUUUGUCGGGUUCACAGAACCUCGAGGGUACCACGAGUCAGCAGCAGCAGUCAGGGAUUGCACAGAUCACCAUCUGAUUGCAGGGAAUAUUUCGAACUGGUAGAUGAGGCAAUGUUUACGAACCGCUCCCCUCACUUCGACCCUCGAUAUCAUUUGCUCUCUGCCUCAGUCUUGCACUGAGCUGGUCACACCUCGCCGCAAAAUGUCCCACAAUGUUGGUUCCAGUCUUGGUUCCGAGAGCCUCGUAACCAAUGCCCCAGUCCUGAUCAUUGGCGCAGGUUGCACAGGCCUGAGCAUUGCACAGGGUCUCAAAAAGACGGGAAUCAACUAUGUUCUUUUCGAAAGAGAGCCAGGCAACCUUCAGCGGGCGCGAGAUUGGAAUAUGGGGGCACACUGGGGAAUCCCCAUUCUCAAGACCUUGAUACCGCCAGAGGCAUUCGCAAAGCUCGAUGCCGCGCAAGUUGACCCCAAUAGACCAUGUCCACCAGCAGACACAAUCAAAUUCCUGAAUGGACAAACAGGAGAGCAAAUCGGAGCAGCAACGACGCCACAUCUUUACCGCCUCAUCCGAAGUAAACUGCGAGCAUUGAUCGCAGACGGGAUUGAAAUUCAAUACAGCAAGACUCUCUCGAACAUUACCUACUCAGACGAUGGGGCGACAGUAACAGCACACUUUGCGGAUGGAUCUAGCACCACUGGGUGCAUGAUAAUCGGUGCCGACGGAGCUCGAUCACUGGUACGGAAUCUCUUGCUGGCACCAGAAAAAGCUGCCCUCACCACACUUGAAUUUGCUGCCUCCAUUGUCCAAGCGAAAUAUACAAUCGAACAAGUCAAAUUUCUCCGGUCCUGGCAUCCGCUCUUCGUAGCGGCACCGCAUCCAGCCGGUUAUAUGGCUUGGGUGGGUUUACAUUCUGCUCCAAAGGUCGAAGAUCCUGAGAAUUGGAUCAUGAAUCAUUAUAUCUCGUGGCCGUACUCUCACGCUGAGCAAGAAAGAGAUAAGGAGUUUUCGAAUGAGAUGAGAUUGAAACAGGUGCAAGGCUUUGCGGAGUUGUUUUCUGAUCCAUUUCGAAGCGCGUUCGCGUGGUUAAAGGAUGAUCAGCCAGUUUGGUAUGCGCCUUUGACGCAGUGGGAUCCGAGCUUGCCUGAGCAUCGGUGGGAAAAUCAUGGAGGGAGAGUGACAUUGGCCGGUGAUGCUGCUCAUCCGAUGACCUUCCAACGAGGCCAAGGGCUGAACUCGGCAAUCAAAGACGCUGCUGAGAUCGUAUCGCAAAUCUCUGACUUUGUAAAAUCCAAUAAAAGCAGAGCAGAAGCAAUAGAUGCAUACGAGAAAGAGAUGAUAGACAGGACAGGGACAGAGGUGAAGUUGUCUUGUGAGAACACCAGAAUGGUGCAUGUUUGGGACGAAGUAUUGGAUAGUCCACUUGUAUCGAAAGGAUUCUCCAAACAAUAGAAGUAGAUACCCCUCAAAGUUGAUAUUCGAAUAAACAUGCACUUCAAUCAGG